UUUCAACAUUUUCAAAAAGUAGUUACUUUUUGAUAUUCCUUUUCUAUAAUAUAUAUAUAUUCCUCCUUUCUCUUCCUUUCUUACAUUAAUAUCAUCAGAAAUAUUCAUCAUGGCCACCAAAGCUGCAUUUCGUCGUCUUACUAAGGAAUAUAUGGAACUUCAAAAAAAUCCUCCACCUUAUAUUGUAGCAAGACCAGUUGAAAAUAAUAUUCUCGAAUGGCACUAUGUUAUCCAAGGGCCCCCAGAUACCCCUUAUCAAGGCGGCGAAUACUAUGGCCGUUUGACAUUUCCUUCAGAUUAUCCUUAUAAACCACCUGCCAUCCGUAUGAGUACUCCAUCUGGACGAUUUCAAACUGAUACUCGACUUUGUUUAACAAUGAGUGAUUUUCACCCAAGUUUAUGGAAUCCAAGUUGGUCAGUUGCUACUAUUUUGAAUGGAUUACUUAGUUUUAUGACUACGGACGAAAAUACUACUGGUAGUAUCAGGACAACAGAUGCAGAAAAACGAAUUUACGCUCUACGAUCACAUCGUGCCAAUUUGAAAAUGGUCAAGUUUAGAGACGUAUUCCCUGAUUUAUGUACAGUUGAUAACUCAACGUUGGAUGAAGAAAUCUUACGACGACGAAAAGCUACAAACAAACAGCAAGAACAUUUAUCAUCCAACGCAACAAAUUCUACACUCACAACAGUACAAAAGGGCCCAGAAGAAACGAAUGCAAUCACUCGGACUGUAUCUCGAUGGCGACGAUGGGUAUUGGUACUAGUAGUGUUUAUAUAUCUCAUUCUAUCAAAGAUUGCUUCUCGAUCAUCAUCUAGUGAUAGUAUGUAGAUUGUUUCUUUAUUCAUUAUUCAUCCAUCUCACACUUGUCUUACUCUUAUUCUUUAUAUAUUACAUCAUGAUUUUCCCCCUUCCCUAUUCUCUUCUUAUCCGAUCAAUAAAGAAAUGAUUCCUUUUUUUUCAA